GCAGCAUAGCCUCGCCUAGGGCAGCGCGAGUGCGUGGCCAACGCUGUGAGCAGAGGCACAGGUGGCAGCAGACAGGAGUAGAGGUGCCCCAUGGGGAACAUUCUGUUCUGUUGUGUGCGCCCCAGGGUCAGCCCCGAGUUGGACCAACAGCAGGGGUCAGGAUGUCCUGCUGAGUCAGAAAUCUGUGAGGCCGCAGCUGAGGACAUAGUAGCAGCAGCGCCCAUGGCAGCUGCUGCAGAGCCUGCCAAACUGACUUUUGAAGCUGGUGAUGCCCUUCAUGUGCACCAGAUCUGUGACCAGGAGAUGCCUGAAGACAGUAUUGAUACGUCUUUGGAGUCCAACCCUUCUGACCAUCCAGAAGCAAAGAAAUCUCAAACAGAUGUACAAGAAAUAAGAGAAAUUGACCGUGCAAACCAUGUAUUUACUGAGCAUUUUACUCAAAAAUACAGUUCUUGCUCCACUAUAUUCCUUGAUAACAGCACAGCCAGCUGCCCUCAUUUUACAAUGACACUAAAAUCUGUGGCCUUGGAGAUAUAUUAUCAUAUCCGGCAAAGAGGGGCAGAUAAAACUUUGGACGUAUUUGAUGAACGAUCACACCCAUUUACACAAGACCAGCUUCCGGAGGAACACUUUAUGUAUGAUCCUAGACACAAAGUGAUUUUCAGAUUUGUUCAUAUUCUGUUUAAAGCCAAAAAGCUAAGAGCUGAGUUAGCAAUCGUUAGUUUGGUAUACAUUAAAAGACUUAUACGUUAUGCUGAUAUUGACAUUUGUCCAACCAACUGGAAGAGGAUUAUCUUAGGAGCCAUUCUUCUUGCCCUCAAGGUUAGGAGUGAAGAGGCUGUAUGCCUUGAGGACUACUGCGAGCUCUUUGAGAACCUUACAGUUGAAGAUAUGAAUGAGUUAGAAGGGUACUUCGUGGAGCUAAUUAAUUAUAAUUUCAUCAUUCCUGGAAAGGUUUAUACCAGAUACUACUUCUAUCUUCGUACCUUGGCACACAGGCAUGGCCUGUAUUUGCCUGUUUACCUUCUUGAGAGAGAAAAAGCAUGGGAGCUGCAGGCUUUUUCAAGGAUGGAACAAGAUGAAGUCUUCUCUACUGCUGGCCAGAAAAGGUCUUUGAGUGCUGAUGAUUUGAUUCAUCUUCAGCGCUCUAAGGCCAUCCUCUCCUGAAGGAAGAAAUGAGGGGUAAUGUAACAUCUGAACCCCUCAUCAAAAAAGACAGGAAAAUACCACCUCUCCUGCUAAAGAACUAGUAAAGCUAGUGUUUUCAAAAGAAGAAACACCUCAAUUCCAGUUAACUCAAGGACAACUAAGAUUGCACAUCCUAGAAAAGAAUGGGACCUUGUCAGGGCAACAA